AUGGCCGCCACCAUCAACGCUUCGCUCGCAGCAAUCUCCGCGAAAGCCGCUACUCCCUCGAGCCUGGCGUCGCCUGCCACGUGGCAAAAACGUGUUGGUCCUUCGACGGCGUUCGUCGCACGCGGUCAGCCGCUUCCUUCGUCGCUCGCCUCUCGUCGCAUUCCCGUGGCGCCUGCGACGAAUGCGGGCGCGUGCGACCGCCGAGCGACGGCGCUUCGCGUCGUCGCCUCAGCCGUGAGCGACAAGCCUGCCACAGCGGCGACUCCUGGCGGCGGCGCGGGAGUUGGCAAGUCGUACAACGUCGUCGUUACGGGAUCGACUAAAGGCAUCGGCCUGGCAUUGGUGCGUGAGUUCCUGAGGGCGGGAGACAGAGUCGUGGUGUGCUCACGAUCAGGGGAGAGGGUGGAUGAUGUGGUUGCUCAACUGCAGAAGGAGUUUGGCAAAGAGAACGUGGUGGGCACCGCAUGCGAUGUAUCUAAGGCAGAGGAUGUGAAGGCUCUGGCUGAAUUUGCUGUCAAAUCACUUGGAUCCGUGGAUGUGUGGAUCAACAAUGCAGGCUCCAACGCGUAUGAGUACGCUCCUUUGGUGGAGGCGGGAGAUGCGGCCUUAGAGGAGAUCGUGCGAACCAAUGUGUUGGGCGUGAUGCUGUGCUGCCGCCAGGCCAUGCGCCUCAUGCGGGACCAGCCUGGAGGGGGACACAUUUUCAACAUGGACGGGGCUGGGGCUGAUGGGAAUGCCACCCCGCGCUUCGCAGCCUACGGAGCCACCAAGCGCAGCCUGGCGCAGUUCACCAAGUCACUGCAGGCGGAGCUGAAGAUGCUUAAAGUCCCCAACGUCGUUGUGCACAACCUGUCGCCCGGCAUGGUGACCACUGACCUGCUCAUGUCCGGCGCCAACACUCCUCAGGCCAAGUUUUUCAUCAAUGCCCUGGCAGAGCCAGCAGAGGAGGUCGCUCAAUUCCUCGUGCCACGAGUGAGAGAGGUGCCUGCUAGCGGAGCCAGCACCUCCACCUACAUCAAGUUUCUCACCAAGCCUAAAGCCUUCUCGCAAAUAUUCCAG